GGGCUGGGAUUGCGGUAGGUGAACGUGGGUGACUGCCAGACAUGAGAGACGGGUGCAGGCAGCUGAGUGAAGUGAGCACACAGUUCUGGGCGCGGAGACCUAGGACCCUGGUGUCCGUUUUCCCACGUGCAUCCUGUCCUUGAGUUGGGGCGGGCCGAGAAUCACAUAAACUUUUGGAUACUCCUCGUCUCCUGGUCUCUGUGUCCUCGGAGGGCAGCACUUACUGGUAGCACUUACUGGUCUCCCUCGGUCGUCGUGAGAGUCACGCGGUGUUCUCGAAGUGCUAGUUCUGGAAAGGCCCUGGACCACCCGCUGCCUGAGCCAGCCUUCCUGUUUUAUGUUGGAGAAAACGGAGGUCCGGAGCGAAGUAACUGGACAGGGGUUACCGAGCGAGUGACGGCCGAGCUGGUUUUUAGAACUAGGCCUGGGGUUCCAUUGCUGUUUAAUGUAGCACAGUUCGUGAUGGAAACUGUAGGAUUUGGAGGCGAGGACCUUGCCUUCCACGUCUGACCCUGCACUUAUUUGCUGUGUGGCUUGACACAAGUGACUUUAUAUCUCAGAGCCUCACUUUUCUGAGUUAGGCCUCAUCAUCAUAAUAGCAGCACUUUAUGGCACUUAAUAUGUAUCAGGUGCCAUUGCUUCCUAGUGCCAGGGUGUCAUGGAAGGGCUGCUGACAAGAUGCAGAGCAUUGCCCACCCUGGCCACCUGUAGCCACCAGCUCUCUGGGUUUGUUCCUCAUAGGUUUCACUACUGUGUCCCAGGAGGAGGGCGGCGCCUGCUGCUGUCUCGUGUGUUCCAGCCACAGAACCUUCGGGAAGACCAGGUGCUCUCCCUGGAGGGCAGAUCUGGUGACCUGACCUGUAAGAGCCAGCGGCUGAUGCUGCAGGUGGGCCUCAUCUACCCAGCAAGCCCCGGCUGUUACCAUCUCCUGCCGUACACCGUCCGUGCCAUGGAGAAGCUCGUGCGAGUGAUAGACCAGGAGAUGCAGGUCAUCGGGGGCCAGAAAGUCAACAUGCCCAGUCUCAGCCCGGCAGAGCUCUGGCAAGCCACUAACCGGUGGGACUUGAUGGGCAAGGAGCUGCUGAGACUUAGAGACAGACAUGGCAAGGAAUACUGCUUAGGACCAACUCACGAGGAAGCCAUUACAGCCUUAAUUGCCUCCCAAAAGAAACUUUCCUACAAGCAGCUUCCCUUCCUGCUGUACCAAGUGACAAGGAAGUUUCGAGAUGAGCCCAGGCCCCGCUUUGGUCUUCUCCGCUGCCGAGAGUUUUACAUGAAGGAUAUGUACACUUUUGACUCCUCCCCAGAGGCUGCCCAGCAGACCUAUAGCCUGGUGUGUGAUGCCUACUGCAGCCUCUUCAACAGGUUAGGGCUGCGAUUUGUCAAGGUCCAGGCCAAUGUGGGCAGCAUCGGGGGCACGAUGUCUCAUGAGUUCCAGCUCCCAAUGGAUAUUGGAGAGGACUGGCUUGCCAUCUGUCCCAGCUGCAGCUUCUCAGCCAACAUGGAGACACUAGACGUGUCACAAAUGAACUGCCCUGCUUGCCAAGGCCCACUGACCAAAACCAAAGGCAUUGAGGUGGGGCACACAUUCUACCUGGGUACCAAGUACUCAUCCAUUUUCAAUGCCCAGUUUACCAAUGUCUAUGGCAAACCAUCCCUGGCUGAAAUGGGGUGCUAUGGCUUGGGCGUGACUCGGAUCUUGGCUGCUGCCAUUGAAGUCCUCUCAACAGAAGACUGUGUCCGCUGGCCCAGCCUACUGGCCCCUUACCAAGCCUGCCUCAUCCCCCCUAAGAAGGGCAGUAAGGAGGAGGCGGCCUCCGAGCUCGCAGGGCAGCUGUACGACCACAUCACAGAGGCAGUGCCUCAGCUUCACGGGGAGGUGCUCCUGGAUGACAGGACCCAUCUGACCAUCGGAAACAGACUGAAAGAUGCCAGUAAGUUUGGCUACCCCUUUGUGAUAAUCGCUGGCAAGAGGGCCCUGGAGGACCCUGCACAUUUUGAGGUUUGGUGUCAGAACACUGGUGAAGUGGUUUUCCUCACCAAAGAUGGAGUCAUGGAUUUACUGACCCAAGUGCAGACCAUCUAAAUGCCCCCAGCCCACCCCUGCCCCCAUCUUGCAGUCUUGGUGCUCAUUCUAACACUGCAUUUUCCUACCCCUUUCCUGGACUGCUCUCUCCGGGAACAGCACAGCUCAUGGAGGCUGAGAUUAUAUUAGGGAAGCCAAUUUUUCUCUAGUCAUUUGUUCAGAUUAUUUGUACUUUAAGUUGUUAACUUGAUCCCUUUCUUCAGACUGGCCGUGCUGCCAUAUACCUUUCCUUUUGUAUUCCAUGUGGAAGCUUCUAGGAGGCUGAGAGGCAAGAGACCCAAGCUCCAGUCUUGGCCCUCUGGUAAAUCACUUCCCUUCUCUCAGCUGAGUUUUUCACAUGUAGGAUGAGACUGGCUGAUGGCUGAAGGUCCUACAACCUUCCCCACCCGCCGUCAGUUUGACCACGGGCCUUUUGCUACAUUCUGUCCAGAGAGCAGGUCUGCCAGCCCGCCUCCACUAAGAAGUUGGGCUGAGAGUGUGGGGAGAAGAAUCGAGAUCUGACUGCCACCAACUUACUGGUGACUUAGAUUCAUCCCCUCCCCCUGCUGGGGCCUCAGUUUCCCCAUCUGUAACUUGAGAAAAUGGAACUAGAUCUGUAACAUCCUUAUACGUGUCACUGGGGGGUUCCAUGAGAGGUUUGUGACAGGCAGAUCUGGUUCCUCUGAUCCUCCAGUCUGUUUCCUGGAAAGUUAAUGUAAUUAACUGAUGGCCCAAAAGCUACCUCAAGAGACCUGGCCCUAUUAAAAUGGCUUAAGCACUGAGAUCAUGUUCUAUUGAUUGAAUAAAGUCAAAGUAUU